AUGGGUACAAAAAAGAUUAAGGAGGAUUUCCCUAUCAACCAGUUUCUAGGUAAAAGGAUUUGUAUAGGUACAGAUGAUAUUAUAGAAGCUGCGAAUACUUUUAACGAAUAUUACGUCAAUGUAGGAGCCGACUUAGCCAGUUCUGUCCCCCCUGUGUCUGAACCUAUCGUGAGAGAUGAGGAUUACCGGACGGACUCUACCUUCCAGCUGACGCCUAUUUCAGAGAUAGAUUUAGUAAAAUUGGUCAAUAAUAUGAAAGGUGGCUCUGCCCCAGGCGACAGCUGGGAGCAAGUGUACCGUGUGGCUGAGCGGGGCCUUCGCGCUGUCAAGCAGUGGUUCGACCAGAGUCGGCUCUCAGUCAAUAUUUCCAAAACCAAAUAUAUGCCAGUGUCUGUGAGAGCCGACCACGACCCGGUCGGCCUGCAUCUGCGUUUGCACACGUGCGGAAGUGCGAGGCUGUAUGAAUGCGUGAUGUGUGAGUGCAUUGAGAGAGGGUACCCCGCUAGGCUGGACCACAGGGACAGUGCAGUGACGGCUUUUUUUAAAAAGAGCUACCAGCCGCCUGUGGGUCCCGGGGCGGGUACUAUGGAAGGUAGUGGCUGUGAAUAUACGGAAGUCUACACAGGUAUCAUACAUGUACCAUCAUACAAAAGUUCAGAAACUACCUUAUUAACGAUGACUCCGAGUGAAGGAUUCUUUCUCAAGGUGAGGAACAAGCUUGAUGACCUCGGGUAUCUCCAGCCACUCUCCUUUGAGUCUGUCAUGCUAGUAGAUAAGCUUCUUUGUGACCUUCUGGAAACCAAGAAAAAUCUUCAGCAUUACAAAAAUGUUGCUCAGCAAAGCAUGGAGGCUUGUAGUGAAUUGAGGGUGGGUGUUGGUCCUUAUAAAGAAGACAACACAAGGCUAAUAAAAGAAAACAACGAUCUACGUCAGAAGCUAUUGAAAGCCAGAGAAUCUAUUGAAGAUACCAGAGUUGAACUGGGAAAAGAAAUAAGAAAACUGGAGAAGGAAAGAGCGUUGCAGGAUUAUCUUUGUAAUCAGCAUGCAUCUAAGAUCUCCCAAUUGCAAGUGGAGUUGGCUCACAAGUCAGCAAAACUCACUGAGUGUAAAGGAGGAAGAACAAGAAUGCUUGGACCAGAUUCUCAAAGGAAGAAAGAUACUAGUAAAGUGGACAAAGAUCAAAUGCUGGAUAAAGCCCAAGAUAAGAUAAACAGUUUGACAAGAGAAAUCACAAAACUGAGAAGUGAUCAACAACAGUUAGACGAGGUCAUUGAGUGUCUUAAAAACAAGGUGAACGCCAGAGACUCUGAGAUAGAACGACUCAAUAACUUGCUCUCAGACGGUUGACCCAUCAUGUCUCGCAACCAGUGUCCAUGCUGUUCCCUCAGCUUCCAGUUUAGUGUGUAUAGUUUACUGGUGGUGAUUUGUAGGUGAACGCCAG